GAUUAUUAACAUUUAUUUAUGCUCAUGAUUUUGGAGGUUUCAUUUCCAUGGCUGACAGCCGUCUCUACUGCUUUAGGCCCGUGUCAAGGUGACACUGCGUCUGUAGGGGAACAGAGUGGGGUGGGACAGUGAUCAUUGAGAAAGGCCAGGGAGAGGAAGAAGCCCACGGUUCCCUCCAUGAGCACACCCUGACUGGUUGGGAAACCUCCCACUAGGCCCAUGUCUUUUUUUUAACAGAAAAAAAUUAACUUAUUAUUAUUUUUUACUUAUUCACUUUACAUUCCACUCACUGCCCCCCUCCUGGUCACCUCCCCUACACUCUUUUCCCCCUCCCCUUCUCCUCUGAGCCAUUGGAGGUCCCUCCUAGGUAUGCCCCCCCCAGGCUAGGCACUUCCUCUCCCACUGAGACCAGACAAGGCAGCCCAGGUAGAAGAACAUAUCCCCCAUAGAGGCAACAGCUUUUGGGAUAGCCCUGCCCCAGUUCUUUAGGACCCACAUGAAGAUGAGUAAAAGAAUGUAGAAUUUAAAAUUACGUAGACAGAAGUGAAAUUUUACGGUUGUGUUCAUCUGCUACAUAUGUGCGGGGAGGCCUAGGUCCAGCCCGUGUGUGUUUUUUAGUUGCUGAUUCAGUCGCUGAGGGUCCCAAGGAACCAGGUUAGUUGACUCUGUUGGUCUUCCUAUCGCCUUACAGGCAGCACUUCUUCCUCCUGUUCUUCCAUGAGAGCCCCCAAACUCGAUCCACUGCUUGGCUGUGGGUGUCUGCAUCUGUCUGAGUCAGCUGCUGGGUGGAGUCUCUCAGAGGACAGCUAUGCUAGGCUCCUGUCUAUAAGCACAUCUUAAAGAAGACUGGCCAGUAGUCCCACACUGGGGACUAAGCUUUUCUGUACCCAUCUUUUGGGGACACUUGCCAAAUUAUAUGACUCUUCAACCAAAAUGCUGAAAACACCUCUACUUUAAGGGUGAGAACACAUAAUAAAGAGAAGGGGGCCCAGGACCACACAGCUAGAAGGACCUGAACUCGGAUGCUUUUGAUUCUGGAGCCUGUGCCCUCAGUUGCCAUGGUUAUGGGCUCCCCAGCCAUUUAGCAGGGAGAAAGAUUUUGGUACCAAUUCAUGAGUAACUAUUUGCUUUUAUCUAUCCCUUAUUCAAAUAGCAUGAGUUCUCCCAAGUUUGGUUAAUGGAGGUCAUGUGGAUGCUGUAACUGUGUUUACUACUCUAGCCUAGUAGCUGGAAGAAGAGGAACCAGGCCUGAGUUGUUCUCAUUGUUAGACCCAAAGCUGGGCACGUAGCAGGGAAACAGUAUUACUGAAUGAAUUUUUGUACCAUUUCAACAAAACUGUGGAAUGCUUCUCUGAUUAGAUCGCUCAUAUCUGCGAUGCUAAAUAAAUAAAUAAAUAAAUAAAUAAAAUCUCACCACCUCUAGUGAGAAGCAACGUAAGGGGCGAUAUGAUUUCUUUGGGCUCGCAGUUUGAGGUUCCAGUCCCUGGUGGUGGGGAAAGGCAUGGCAGAGUUCACAGCAGCAGGAGUUAUGUGGCUCGGGAUUACUCAUCUCUCUGGGCAGCAGGAAGCAGAGACCAUCUGGGUCAGGAGGAUAACUCAUCAGGUCCUCCCUGCAGCGACCCACUUCCUCCAGCGGGAGCUCACCUCCAAAAGAUCCCACAAUGGUCCAGAACUGUACCACCAGCCGGGACUCGGGAGCCUAGUGGUAACAGUGCAUUGUGGAGGAACAUGAACUUUCUGGUGGACAGUCCACAGUCUGGUGGACUUUUUUCUUUCUUUUUUUUUUCUUUGAGACAGGGUUUCUCUGUAUAGCCCUGGCUGUCCUGGAACUCACUCUGUAACUUCUGCCACAGUGACGAAUAAGCGUGUUCUCAAGUGAUCAUUUGCAAGUCGGGUUUCCACUCGCUCACAGAGCCAAGUUAGAAAGGUCAUGAUCUUAGGUAACUUGAACUUCACCUAUCCAUACAGACCAAUAACAACUCACGUGAGUUGUACUGCAGGCAGAUUGGAGCCUUUGCUAGAUGGUUAGAUUCAAAUCCUGACUUAAACUGUCAUUGAUUGGUAACAUGCAAUGAAGCCAACCUUUGUUGAUAUUUUUCAACAGUGAAGCAGGGAUCCCAGUAACACACACACACACACACACACACACACACACACACACACACGUCUUCGGAACCAAGCUCUUUCAAGGAAGGAAACAUAGAACGCUUUCAAGUUGCUUUGAAAACAGCCAUGUAGUAAAGGCCCAGUGAGGAACCUUGUGCCACUAUAACUUGUGAGAUGGCGUGGAUGCUUCUGAGUACAGAUGUUACAACAUCUGUGCAGGAUGCAGCACAGAGCCAGAAGCUAUCAGGCAGUAGGAUCAAGCUGCUAAUAAUUCCUCAGAACUCUGGUAGGAGCCUGGAGAGAAGCACGGUAAACCCGACAGUAUUAGCCACUGUCUAUAGAGUAUGCAUUCCAUACAAGACCCACAGCAGCUUUGUGGGACACACUGCUACCGCUGGCAGUGACAUGCAGUUGUUCCCAUCACUACUGACAGGCCAGAGAAGUGACACAAGGAGAGGCGGAAGUAACAGCUCCAGACAGUCAUUGUUAAUUUUGGGACAGAACAGGAACCUGGUUUGUGUGACUCUAGAACUCGAGCUCUGAAGCAAGGAGCCUGGGCUCUGCUGGGGCUGCAGACGCCACAGCCACCUUUUCAAAGCUAGAGGAGGUAAUUUCUCUGUAUAAAAAUAACCACAUAUGGGCUGGCAAUGGCUCGGCAGAUGAAGGCCCAACGGUCAAAGUUUGAUUCCCUGGGUACCACAUGGUGGAGGGAGAGAGGUGACCUCUCCAAGUUACCCUUUUAUCUCCACAUACCUGUAUGUAUGUACACACAUACAUUCCCAGAACAAAUACACGUAACUAAAAAACCCACACAUGUAGUCACAUAAAUGUUUUGCGUUCCAGUUAUCAAUGCUGCAGGAACUCAGGCUGAGCAGGAGUUCCCAGGGUUUGGACAUGACAGUGUGCCACACACCGUGUUUGGGUCUUGCCUCCUUCCCAUUUAAGGAGGGGUAGCCUGGCAUCAGCAGAGGGGGACAGGUAGGGAUUAAGUCUCCGUGCUGCUGUUACUCCGUACAAGCUAAGCAAUGUUAGGCCACGCUCUAAGCCUUUCUGAUAUGCUAGCCCCAACGGAAAACAGAGAUCACAGCAGCUACCUUCCAUAGCAGCACUUGCUGUUGUAAAAUGGUUAACAGCAUACGGUAGGUUCUCUCCAUCCAACACAUAGGGACGAAGACCCUGCACUUGAGAGUGACCCUGCCCGAACAGGUCAUCCGCCAAAUCAAACAUCUAUCAUCUUCCUGGCUGAACACAUCAAAAGAAUAUUUGCCCAGGCUGCUUUUCCAGUCCAAUCUUCCUGGGGGACUUUCUUGUUCCCUUUACAGGGAGUCUCAGCCUGAGCCCACUGUGCACUGCUUGUCAAGAUGAGGACAUGGGACAAGGCACUUUACUCUGUAACUAAGUUCCCAGGUGGAAGACACAGUGAUUGUGGUACCUGCAUGGAAUCUUUCAACCGAGGCAAGUUAUAUAGCCAGAUAUGACCCUGAAGGGGGCAGUGGGGUAAUAGUUUCCUACCACAUGCUGGGGGAGGGAAGGGACCAGAACACUUGGCAUUUUAAUUACUAAUGUAGAGACAAUCUAUUUACCUGAAAUCCAAACCAAAAACUAAAACCAAUUAGACCCACUAAUGCAUAUUUGAAGAACAAAUGAAAGUCUUAAGAGAUUAAGUCAUCCAACCAAUCCGGUGGGGGUGGGAGCUCUCCCUGCAGGCCACCAACUUGUCUCUCAAUCUACAUGCAGGGAUGUCUACAGACCAUUUAAAAGCUGCCUACAGUUUCAGGAUGGGGAAUGGGGAGGGGGAGGGGAAGGAGAGGGUGUCCCUGAAAGGGCUAGUGGAACGAAUAGACUGGGGCAUGGUCUUUGCGUUUUUUUGUCUUAUGUGAGUGCUUUUAAGGUAGGCAGGGACCGGCCGAGGGUUUCAGGCAUCAGUAAGAUAAGUAAAUAAAGUUUGGAGAUAAGACCAUUAUCAAGUCCAGAACUGAGCGGAGGAGUGAGGGCCGACAAUGGGUGUGUUUCAGGCCAUGACUCUGACAACAGGGGUGGGGGCGAGGGGCGUCUCGAGAAGACAGGCUGUUGCUAGAGUCCAGUGUAAGGUGAGAAGUAGACAAGAGUGAAGUCAGAAGGAAUUUGGAGGGCGGGAGGAACCUGAGGGCUGCAGAAGGAAGUGCCAGUACUUGGAGACUACACCAGAUGCUCUUCCUGGUCGGUCUUCCCACCCUAGUGUGGAACAAUGUAAUUUAUGUGAAAUUACUUUAAAAAAUUUCUCAAGAUACCUUUAAUUUUUUCAUGUCUUAUUUUUCCUCCCUUCAUCUCAGGAGAACCAGGGCAGCCUUGCUGGGAGGCCUUCCUGCCUGACCUUCACCUGGUGGGGUGAGAUCUGGCCGUUUUAGUCAAAGGAAAAUUCCCAUCGCCUGAGGGGGUCAAGAGGCCUGCAAGUGGCCUCUGGCUUGGACAAGGAACUGCUCAGCAGGCCAAGGCCUAGGCUUAUCUCAGAGCCUUGGUUUGUCGGAAAGGGGUCUUUCCAAUGGCGCUGGGCAGCUCAGGGGACCCAGCUCCAUCCAGGCCCCCACUUCCCUCCUCUUAGGUGUUGGUCCCUGUUGGACUCCCGAACUUUACCGGGAGAUCGGAGCCCUGGAGAAGGGCCGGGUUCCUCCUUCGAGCCUCCCUUCGUUCCUGACUCCGCCUUUCUCCCUGAGAGAGCCGGGGUUCCGAAGCAUCCCUCUCGGGGACUUUCCAGGCUCCGCGGUUGCUCCAGGAGGGCCCUGCCCUGACCGUGCCGGAGCUGGGGGCCUGCAGGGCCUCGGCGGCUGGAGGGGACUGUGACUCACCGCCGGUAACCCAACACCGCUGGGCCUCCUUUCAACCCAGCCUCCCCCUGCUCCAGCGAGCCUGGCGGCCUCCGCCACACCAUAACAAACAUGAAGAAGGGUGGCCCAGGAGGCUACAGCCCCGGGCCACAGAGCGUGAGCCUGGCUCUGUGCGUUGUCGCCUCUGCGGCCUCGGGGACCUGCGACCUUUAUCCGAGGCCGAUCGGCCCAAGCUAGCUGCGGACGGCCCGCAGUAGUUCCGGAGGGUGAGUGCGGGACGCUCGGGGAGGGGACAAGAGCACUGACGAUCCCCAACCCCUCCACCUCGACCCACCCGGGACCUUGCGUCCCCACCCGGCGAGGACAAAGCAGCCGGGCCGCCGCCCCGGCCUGCGCCGCGCCGCACAAAGAGUGAACAACGACACGCACCCCGCCCCCUCCCUGCUCGGUGGCCCGGCGCGGAGGUGGGGACACCCGGGCGCCCGCCCCGCGUUCCCCUCUCGCCCCGCCCCGUCUGCGCGUCCUCCCGGCGCGGGGGCGGGGGGCGCGGCGCCCCACAUAACACUCCUCUCCAGCGCGCGGAGCCACCCUCUCCCCUCCUUCUCGCCAACACCACCGCCUCCCCUGACAUCGCUGCCACCUCGCCGGACGCUCCGCAGAUUGCCGCGGCUGGCCAGGGGGCGGUGCGCCGAGCGUGCGCGCCCGGGACGCCAGAUGUGCAGUCGCCGCCGCCGCCGCCGCUAGUGCCCCAGCGGCAGCCAGAGCCAGGUCGGGUCGUCUCAGCAAUGCUGCUGCGGGGGCGACCUUGAACGCACCCCGGUUUCCCUCGGUGGGGACCACCCCGAGCCCCUGUGCCGGGACCUGCCCUCUCCAACUCGGCUCGCCCUGCGCUUGGUCAUGGAAGGGGCGGCAGUGUCCGCGGCAGGGGAUGGCCCUGCUGUAGAGACCGGCUUGCCGGGCUCUCCGCUGGAGGCGGUGGCCGGGGCGACUGCAGCCCCAGUGGAGCCCAGGAAGCCGCACGGGGUGAAGCGACAUCACCACAAACACAACUUGAAGCAUCGCUAUGAGCUGCAAGAGACCCUGGGCAAAGGUACCUACGGCAAAGUCAAGAGAGCCACCGAGAGGUUUUCAGGCCGAGUGAUGGGGUGUUCACAUCAGAGACAGGCUGGCUUCAGAUGUCUGCUCCAGGAUGUUUUAGCCCAACUGUAUGAGUCCAUUAAACAAAUGUUGCUAUAAAAUCCAUCCGUAAGGACAAAAUUAAGGACGAGCUAGACAUGGUUCACAUCAGACGAGAGAUUGAGAUCAUGUCAUCCCUCAACCAUCCUCAUAUCAUCAGUAUUUAUGAAGUGUUUGAGAACAAAGAUAAGAUUGUGAUCAUCAUGGAAUAUGCCAGCAAAGGAGAGCUGUAUGAUUACAUCAGUGAGCGCAGGCGCCUCAGCGAGAGGGAGACCAGACACUUCUUCCGGCAGAUUGUGUCUGCCGUGCAUUACUGUCACAAGAAUGGUGUGGUCCACCGGGACUUGAAGCUGGAGAACAUACUGCUUGAUGACAACUGCAACAUUAAGAUUGCUGACUUUGGGCUCUCCAACCUGUACCAGAAGGACAAGUUCUUGCAAACAUUUUGUGGGAGCCCACUCUAUGCGUCGCCCGAGAUUGUCAACGGCAGGCCUUACCGAGGGCCAGAGGUGGACAGCUGGGCCCUGGGUGUCUUGCUUUACACUCUCAUUUAUGGAACGAUGCCCUUCGAUGGCUUUGAUCACAAAAACCUCAUCCGGCAGAUCAGCAGCGGAGAGUACCGGGAGCCCACACAACCCUCAGAUGCUCGGGGACUCAUCCGGUGGAUGCUGAUGGUGAAUCCCGAUCGCAGAGCCACCAUCGAGGACAUCGCCAACCAUUGGUGGGUGAACUGGGGCUACAAGAGCAGCGUCUGUGACUGUGAUGCCCUUCCUGACUCUGAGUCUCCACUCUUGGCACGGAUCAUCGAUUGGCAUCACCGUUCCACGGGGCUGCAGGCUGAGGCUGAAGCCAAGAUGAAGGGUCUGGCCAAACCCGGGGCCUCUGAGGUUGUGUUGGAGCGGCAGCGGUCACUGAAGAAGUCCAAGAAAGAGAACGACUUUCCCCAGUCUGGCCAGGACUCCGUACCUGAAAGCCCAUCCAAGCUGAGUUCCAAGAGGCCCAAGGGCAUCCUGAAGAAACGGAGCAACAGCGAACACCGCUCCCACAGCACUGGCUUUAUCGAAGGCAUUGUGAGCCCUGCCUUACCAUCCCCUUUCAAAAUGGAGCAAGAUUUGUGCCGGACUGCCAUCCCCCUCCCCAGCUCCCCCGAGGCAGAUAUGUCAGGGAAGCUCAGCCUCAAACAGUCUGCCACGAUGCCCAAGAAAGGCAUCUUGAAAAAGACCCAGCAGAGAGAAUCUGGCUACUAUUCAUCCCCAGAGCGCAGCGAGUCCUCGGAACUGCUGGACAGCAACGAUGUGGUCAUCAGUGGUGGCCUCUCGUCCCCUCCCCCAGACCCAGCCAGGGGAACUUCCCACAGCCUGUCCUGCCGGAGGAAGGGCAUCUUAAAACAUAGUAGCAGGUACUCAGAUGGUGGCACAGACCCUGCCCUCACCCGCCCUGAAAUGCCCACACUGGAAUCCUUGUCACCUCCCGGUGUCCCCUCCGAUGGCAUCUCUCGGAGCUACAGUCGCCCGUCCAGUAUCAUCAGUGAUGACAGUGUCCUGUCCAGCGACUCUUUCGACUUGUUAGAGCUUCAAGAGAACCGGCCAGCCCGCCAGCGCAUCCGCAGCUGCGUCUCUGCUGAAAACUUCCUCCAGCUUCAGGACUUUGAGACACCACACAACCGGCCCCGGCCCCAGUACCUGAAGCGGCUGGCAGACAGUAGCUUCUCCCUUCUCACUGAUAUGGACGAUGUGACUCAGGUGUAUAAGAAAGCGCUGGAGAUCUGCAGCAAGCUCAACUAGCCCUUCAGGGCACAGAGGAUGGGAUGGGUGGGUGGGUGAGGCCAAGGGAGAAGGGGAACAGAACUCAGCCUGAAGGCUGGUUACCUCUUUGCUGGUCAAGGCAACGGAUUGGGAAAGGACUAGUAAUGUCUGGCCUGGCCAGUUUACACAGCCUUGAGUCAGCACCUAAAAGGGAUAGAAACCAUUCUUUACCAGUUCUGCCUGUGCCAGUUAGAAUGGGGGUCCUAACUGGCAUUCCCAGGUGACAUCUCACGGGGGAGGUGGUGUUGGCCAGCAAGAAAUGGGAAGCGGCAUUAUGGGGAAGGGUGUGUUUCCUAGAAGUCAUCUAGAUGUUUCUGGAGGAGGGGAAGAAAGACUGAGACCAUCUGCUUUGGAUGGAUCCAUUAGCAAGCCUGGUCUGACUACACAGGGGCUAGCAAGACUCCAGCAACCUGAGUGUGAAUUGGUGAUCAAUUGGUAAUGUCUGUACUGUGGUCUGAGUUUAGUAGACUAGGCACACCAGGGAGCAUUGAGUGAGUACCAAUAACUGCCAGGGAAUCAGGACCGGAGGCAACAGCAUACCUGCCCUGGCUAAGCCCUGGGAGUUAGGUUAAAGCAGGCUGUUUUAAAGAAAAACAGUUAACUCUUUCAUGGCACAGCAUGACAUGUGUUAAUUUGCUCCUGGACCUUGAGUAGAAGACAGGGCUUGCUUAGAGAGUGAAUAUGCUGAACUCUGCUACCGAAAUAAGUCUGGUGGUGGUGACUUUCUGGUUUUCUGGGAUCUGCCUCUUCUUUCUCCUCUCUCUUGCCUUGUUCUUCUUUAGUGGGAUCUUCUGAAGGUGAGCAGGAAUAAAGAUGGCAGUGUGAGAGCCCAGGGCUUUGUGUGUAAUGGGGCACAGAGCUGCUGGGGCCUUUGCUCAGUGAAUGGACUGACGGUGAAGCAUGCCAGCAAGGGGCGACUUAACACUUUCUUAAAUAUCUCAGUAUUAACUGGAACCCCGCCUCUUGGCUUCUCACCUGCACAAGGACAGGAUGCUACUCUGAGUCUCCAAAGCAUCACUGGCUCAGCCAUAGGCCCCAUUCACCCCAAGUGUGGAAUCUUGACUGUAGAAGAGUUGCUUCUAGGGAGUUAGUAUGUAGGUGAAAUAUGUGGCCGAGGGAAAGCCCAGUUUGACAGAAGGUUCUUGUCUCGCCAGGCCUUAGUAUUCUGCCUCGUGGUUUUGAUCUCCCUCAUUUUGGGGGAAUAAACAAGUUCCAUUCAUCCAUCCUUCCAUCCAUCCAUCCAUCCAUCCAUCCAUCCAUCCACAGAAUAAGAUGUUGAGAGAGCAGAGUGUGGGGGGAGGAGGCUUAGGGACGUUUCCUCGGGAGCCAUCCAGAUGGCUCUGGAGGAGGCAGAAAGGAGGUGUAUGGGGUGACAGGAUGCUUAAAAAUGUUCCAGCUAGUUAUCUAAUCUCUGAACACUAAGAUUACAGGUGAUGUCAUCCCCUCAGAGGGGACCCUGGGGACACUGGGGGCGGGGGUGGGGGGGAUUGAAGUGGUCUUUCUGGGCUGACCACGGAAUCCACUGGCUUAGUCAAAUUAGAAUCCUUCUUCUAAGGUGGCUGCCUUGUGGGAGCCUCUCAGACAGGGUUGGGGGAGGAUGCAUCCGUCACUGCACUGAGGACAGUUGUCAGGGAGAUGCUGCUCUAUACAGCAGAAGGCUGCUUUGCAUCACUGUGUUUGGGCCCCGCGCUUUCCUUUGGGCUGAAGUGAGCAGGAUGUAGUGGGAAGCUGCUUCGAUUCUUUUCCUUCAGUUUCACCUCCUACCUGAACUGUGGCAGGGGCUAAAAGGGAGGAAAAUCUAUAGGUAGAGAAGUGGCUCUGGCGCUUGGAGGUGUAUAGACGGCAGCAUGUAACCUCUGAAUCCUCCCGCUCCCUGCCUCCUCUCGUGAACAACCCCGCCUGCUGCUACACUGCUGGCCCCUGAGCAGGCAGCUGGUCUCGGGUGUAGCAGCCAUUGCUGGUUGAUGGAAUUUUUCCCUUUUGCCAGCUGAUUGUGUCUGUUUAGUAUUCCCCACCAUGCAGUUGACUCCAUUAGGAAAACCACGCCCUUCGGCUUUCUCCCCUUCUCGAUCACCAGGGUCACCAGUGUGUUCUCUUUUGGCGGGACUCUCAAAGACAAGGGGUUGGGGAGGGGAAACCAAAUGUUUCACACCAAGAACAGAGGCUCUCGGGUGUGGGGUGUGUCCUCCGUUCCAGGGCUGACACUGAGUUGAGUCCAGGUCUGCCUUGAUCUGGAGGUCUCAGGCACCUGCAGUGGCUAUGAGGGCUGCUUCCCACGGGUGGAGGCUGGAGACGUGGCUGAGUGGUUUCCCAAGGCCCUCCCCGCCCCCCUCAGUUCUGAUACCUGCUUCUAGCUGAGAUGCUGACUGUCCCUGCAGGAAAUGAGUUAGAUCAGAGAAUAAAGCCCUAAAAAAAGCAGUUUCCCAAUGGAGCCCUGUUAUCCCUGCCAGUCAGUCCCCAGCCAAAGAAGGGAUGCCUGACUCAUUUCCGCGGAGUCCCCAGUGAGAGACACAGAUGACCCCAUGGGCAGAGUGGGAAAGUCGCUGCGUGAGCUGUCCUCGUCCUUCCUUUGCUUCUAGGGCACUUCUAUUCUUCGUUUACACAUCUGCCAAAGGGGGUGGAGUUGUACUUCGUUUUACAGGUAAAUUUCAAGGCACAGUCAGUUUUUAAGAAAGUGCUCCAAGACCCUAGGCAACGUGACAGUUCUCAGUUCCCUCUGAAUUUUAGUCUCUGCUACCUGGUGCUCUUUACCAAAGGAGCUCGCUGCAGGGUGAAAUUCAGGCGUGUUCUGCCCAGGCCUGCUGUCUUGAGUACAAAUGUGAAUGAUGGACUGACUGCUUGUUGCCAAACUGGAAAUGUUUUGUAGGGAUUUACUGGCAUGGUAUCAUUCCUAGGAAGAAGAAGAAAAAAAAAAGGAAAAAGAAAGAAAGAAAAAGGGACAGGAGAGGGAGAGAAACUUGACUGCACAUUUUUUUUUUAUUAUUAAAUCCAUGUUGUGACUUUUAUUUAAUUUCUAUAUUUUUUGGUAAUAAAAAGUUGACUUUUUAAUUUGAAUUUGUCUUUUUUUAUUUAUUGGUCUGAAAGGCAUUUCAAAGGUAUUAUAAUAAUAUAUUGGUGUAAUUUAAUUGGUGCAGCAUGCCUUCUGGGCUCCAGUCAAAGUUAGUUUUUAACUUAUUUGAUUGGUUUGAGAACAGCCUACAGGGAGAGGAAGAGAAGAGCUGGCUAAUUACCCCAAAGUGUUCAUCUUUCAUUGGAAACUGAAUUUUUAUCAUUUUUGUUUCUGUUUUUAUUUUAAAUUAAAUAAAUUGCAACAAACUGAACCAGG